CUCCUCUAUUCGAGCCAUCACAUUGCAGCGAUGAAGCUCCAUGCAGCUCCAUCAAUUCUGCGCUCAGGUGGUGUGCCUCUGGGAGUCUUCUUCUGAGCGCUGGCGUUUCGUCCUGUCUGGUUGUCUGCUGGUACACUGCACAGCGCUGCUUUUGCUGGACAAAGGAGCAUACCAGCUUCCCGAGGACCCCUCUAUUCUCUACGUCUCGAAGACUGCUCUUCCACUUUUGCAAAAUGGGCAGGCUCAUCAAGAACCACUGGGCUCGUCUCAUCGUCCUCUCAGCUGCAGCGUACCAAAUAGGCAGCGCGAUCGAAGACUUCAUCUGGCCCAAAGUCUUCUGGGACUUCACCACCACGAAUCUAAACGGCGCCGUCAAACCCAGCCCGGUUUUCCAGAUUUUCAAUCUCGUCCUGGGGCUCCUAGGAAUUGCUUUGGAAUGGCCACUUCAACCGCUGGCGGGAACCGUCGUUCACAGAAGCAUUGAGUAUCGGAUGAUCAUCUACCCGCUCAACGCAUUGUUCGCUGCCUUGAUUUAUCAGGGGAUGGACCCGGCACUGUACUAUCUGAUUGGCAUUGGUUGUUUGUCCGGAGCCAUGGAUGUUGCCGGAGAAAGCAGAGCUGAAGGUAUAACGUCCUUGAUCUAUUCGAGUUAUUACUGUGCUUCUUUUUACGAGUCGAAAUGAUACCUCUCUCCCAUGACAUGUAUGACCUUGUAGUACAAAUUGUCGAUUAUUGAACUACACGCCUCAAGCCCCUUCGGAUGAACUGUACCAUUAAUUUUGUGACCAUUAAAAUGCAUCUCGUACGAUUUCAUCUAGAAUGAACAUGCUAGAAACAAGAACAAUAACACUGUUC